UGUUUCAGCUGCCGUAGAAGCACCACCGAAGAAGUAAAAUCCGGAAAUCGGAACAAAGCCAACUGAGCUCAAAGGGCUCAAAUCACCGGCAAAGACGACACCAAAAUGUCCCAAAAUGAAAUUUGCACAGCGCGGGAAGACAACGAAGGCUUUUCGUCCGCUGAAAUUGUCGAAGAUGUUCAGCAACUCAUUGGUUACGGAGGACAAGUCCCGCACUCUCCCAUGAAGCAGGAAAAGGAGGAUGUGUGCAUGAAGGAUGAAGAGGAGGGGGCCGACGUCAGCGAGCUGCCACUGACGGUCGUCUCAGUCGUGAAGAGCGAAGACGACGUGCAGGAAGCGCCCGGCUCGUCGCGGUUCAGUGACAUCACCACCCCCGCGCCAGAUGGGUCGUCAACGCCGCCGAACAAGAGUGACGCCUCACGGGAAACUUGCGACAAAGCAAAGAAGUGCCGCAAAAUGGGGCCGGACGACAUGGGGGGUCGCCCUGCGGGCAAAGUGCGUUUCGCUUGCUCGCUUUGCGGUGAAAGCUACGCGUACAAGUGCAAUUUGACGCUCCACAUGAAAACGCACACUGGGGAAAAACCCUUUGUGUGCUCCAUGUGCGGCCAAGGAUUCAUCCAGAAGGUGUCUUUGAUAGCUCACACGGCCACCCACACGGGAGAAAAACCCUUCGCCUGCUCCGUCUGCGGCAAAAGCUACUCAUAUAAGAACAAUUUGAACUCGCAUGUGCGCACGCACACGGAAAAGCCUUUCGGCUGCUCCGUGUGCGGGAAGAGAUUCACGCAAAAGGUCAACAUGGAGUCCCACGUGCGAAUCCACACGGGGGAAAAACCUUUCGGUUGCACAUUUUGCGCUAAACGCUUCACUCACAAGCCCAACUUGGUGGCGCACGUGAGGAUCCACACGGGGGAAAAACCUUUCACGUGCUCGAUCUGCGGCGACGGCUUUGCCCAAAAGGUGGCUUUGAUGGCGCACGUGCAAAUUCACACGGGAGAAAAACCCUUCAUCUGCGCCGACUGUGGGAAAACCUUUUACAAAAACGCCAAUCUGGUGUCACACAUGAAAACACACACGGGCGAAAAGCCUUUCACGUGCUCAGCGUGCGGCGAAAGUUUUGCCCAGAAAGUCACGCUGGUUGCGCACACCCGGACGCACACGGGAGAAAAACCCUUCGGUUGUUCCUACUGCGACAAAACCUUCUCUCAGAAGUCACAUAUGGUGGCCCACGUGAGAAUCCACACUGGGGAAAAACCCUUCAGCUGCUCCAUCUGCGGCGAAGGCUUUGCUCAAAAGGUCUCGUUGACCGGACACAAAAGAAUCCAUACAGGAGAGAAACCCUUUAAUUGUUCUGUUUGUGCAAAACGCUUUUCUUACAAGUGCAAUCUGACUGCGCACAUGCAAACGCACCAGGGAGAGUAAACUCAGAUCAAAUCAAGUCUUGUCAUUCUUUCGGGGUUUCUGGAAUCAUUUCUAAGAACAAGUUGCUGAAUGAAAAAACCGUCACUUGUCCCAGUUUUUCCGUGCGUGCCUCCUGUAGUUGUGUUAUACUGCCCCCUGUUGGCCAGGGUACGUACACCAGAAAGCGUACAAUCAUGACGUUCGCUUUCGUUCUUAACAACUGAAGUUCAGUUUUGAAUCAAGCCAAAGCGGUGCCGGAUCGUAAUCCUGCGUUUAGCGCCGUUCCUCCGUCCUGCCGUAUUUUUGGGAGCAGAGUCUUGAUUUUUGACAGCAACUGCGUACGUUCUGUCAGUUCACGCAGCACAAACGAGAAACGGGUCUGAAUUGGGACCUUCCACAAAGUUGUUGAAUCGCCUUCAUGCAGUCAAAAUGAUCUAAAUGUAAAGGUAUGAGCGAUAUUAAAUACCAUUUUUACUCACUAAAUACAGAGUGCCAAUACCAUUAGUUGUACUUUUCGGCCCAAACUUUUCAAUGAAGACAAUGACUGAUAAUUGUGAACAAAGAUGGUUGUUCCGUUCUUUGUAAGGCAUGUGAUGAUUCGCCAAUGUGUCCAUUGUCCGCAGUGUGGUGCCAUCUACUGGCGAGGAGGACUGGGGAGGUUGACAGACUUGGUGGCUUGACACGAGGUAUCUGUGGUAUCAAGGGUAUUGGUGGUAUCGGUGGUCUCCCAUCCCUCUUCCAAAUGAUCGGAGAACCUUUUGGAGCCGGCGGGAGGUUUUUACGUUACAGCUAUUGAAAUACGGAGAACCUCCAAAGUGGAACAGGAGAUGUUCCGUGAUGCUGGAGAAUGUCCAGUUACAAAAUCAAAAAUUGUUUUCAUCUCGCACUUAAAUUUUGGCUUCGAGUUAGGGAUUCAGAACAGGGUUAUGAUUUCAAAUUCGGCUUUCAAAAUUGUUAGGUUGAUCUAAUUUGGGCUUCCAAAUAGGGUUCGGCUAUCAAAUUAGGGUUUCAACACAGGAUGAGGAUUUCCCCCAAAACGUUAUGCUUCCAAAUUGUGAUGAGUUAUUUGUUGUUGUAUUUUGCAUUUUAGGGCCACUGAAACUAUAAUUGGUUGGCAAAAAAGAUUCAUUGUUAAUUUUUAAAUCCAAUACAGUACAUUCGUUCAGUACAGACGUUUUUUUUGGACUUUCAAGUACAAAACAUUUUUCACGAGCUCUUGUGGUGGUGCAGCUGUAGAAUGUUGGCCUCGCAGUUCUGAGGCUCGGGUUUCAAAUCCCAGUCCCGCCUGUGUGGAGUUUGCAUGUUCUCUCGGUGCCCGUGUGAGUUUUCUGCGGUCUCUCCGGUUUCCUCCCACAUCCCCAAAACCUGCUCGGAUUCUUCGGAGACUCUAAAUUGCCCCUAAAAGUGUGAUUGUGAGUACGACUGUUUUUUUUUUGUCUCUGUGUGCCCUGUGAUUGGCUGGCGACCAGUUCAGGGUUUACCCUGCCCUCUACCUGGUGACAGCUGGGAUGGGCUCCGGUACUCCCGUGACCCUCGUGAGGAUACGGGGCUCAGAAAAUAGGUGGAUGUUUUUGAAGUCAGCACAGGGUGCAACGUGUCAUGUAUCCACUAGAGCGAUGGGAGACUGAACACUAAUUGAAGGGCACCAGUCGAGUGGCCUGAAGCAUGUCGGGGGAAUCAAACCUGAUCCCUUGCAAUCGCGGGCCGCAUUUUAUCACCGUAUUCCAAAACUGACCAAGGAAGACUUGGUGAUAGAGGAGAAAUUCGUCCCCAAAAAAUUGUCUUGACUUUUGGGAUUUGAAGCAUACGCAUUGUGAAAGGUGGCCAGAUGGAUGUGCAAUAUGUUCACAAAACCACAAAUAUUUUUUCAUUUUUUUUAAACAGUUAAUUCUCUCAGGAGUUUGGCGUUGUGACGUCACACACACUUUUCCUAAAUAUACUUGUUGCUGGAAGGGGCCCAUGCCCUUUAAACGAAAUGACACGAAAAUUCAUUUCUACUUUAUGUUGUUUUGCAUUUCGCACUUCCCUUUUUUAAAUUAUAUUUUUGAUUACUUUUUUAAUGACCAAAAGUAAUCCCUGAAGAUAAAUUGACUUCAAAAAUGCAUUUUUUUUUUGUUUUUUUUUUUUAAACUGAACUUGUUUUAGGCAACGGCGUCACUGAUGUUGGUGAAGGCUUCGUUUAGUGAAGCUUCAUGUGCGCGUGACGCCGUCUGCUGGCCGUGUGUGAAAUUACAGGCAGCUGGAUCUACAUGAGUGUGUAAAGAAAAAAAAAAAUCCAUCAAGAACGUGUAUGAUGAAAUAGAAAUAAAAUAUUGUGAAGGUUUUCUUGUCUGUAAAUACUCUCAGUAUGAUGUGACACUACUAGUUUUUUCACCACGAAACAUGAUUUUGACGUAUUUGGCUUUUUCUAACUCCCGCCAUGAAAUUCCUCCAGAGGGAUUUUGUUUUUGAGAAGAAGCAGGAAGUGACGUACGGGGCAGGAACGCCCUCAAGCGGACUCGUUUUUUGUUUCUAUUAGUUUUACCUGUGGGAAGGUAACUUUUUGUUACUUUGCGUUAGCAAAAAUGCCGGCUUGUUGCAUUGCUGGAUAUCGCUCGAACACUCGGGAGGAUGGAUCUACUCUUCAUACUUUUACAAAAGACCCGGUUCUUCGUGAAAAAUGGAUUGCACGGGUGCAAAGGACGAGAGCUUGGUGGGUUCCAAAUGAGAGGUAGGUGUGUGUAUACAGCUACCAAAAAAAAUUAAUAGUGGGUUGGGGGGGGGGGCGUGAUCCUCUCAGAAUGCAACAAAAAUUCCACAUACGUUAGUCAGGGGUGCUAAAUGUCGGCUUCGGUGCCGCGUCCGCCGAUCGCGGCUUCGGCUGAGGUGGGUUAUCGCGGGGCCGAGCCAGGUCAGGGUGGCUUGUUGCGGCGCAAGGCCGUAGUUGCUCGCUCGUGGCUGAGUACACUACAUACUGUCGGGGAGUCUGUUGUUAGUUAGAAGUGAUCCGCGUAUCAUCUAAAUAUGGCUCGAAACGAUAGGGUGAUAUUGCCCCGGUCACUUCACUCCACUCUUGAGAUGUUCUGUUCUCCGAAAAGAGCUUCCGUGUCAGAAGGGGCGUAGGAAAAAUCCGAAAAUCGCAGUUGUUCCUCUCCCAUAACAGGUGCGAAUACACAGGGCUGACUUUGGUGAUUUUUAUCUUCUCUAAACUCUCCAAACUUCUCUUCCCACUACCCAGACGGUCAAAAAAUUUGAAGACUCCGUGAACCACAGAUGACCACAGAAGGAGACACUUAACCAGGCGCGUGAAUGCUAUGUGCUAACUUCCGCGGUCUGGAGGUGGCGCAGAGGGUCUACUUAGCUGCACUUAGCGCCACCUGCUGCGCCGGAGUGUCGUCGGCGCGUUGGAAUACGGCAGCAACAAAAUCGACGUUUCUCCGUUUCACCAUUUUGGAGCGCAAGGGACCCAAGCACGAGCGCAAAAAAAUGUUGACGAUAAAUUCACUUGUCAGACUUGAGUACACUCGAGAGAUUUGUGUGCUUUGAUGGGAAUUAUUUGGCAAACAAGAAACAAGAUUACAG